AUGGUUUCUCCUCAAGUGAGACCUUCUCCCUCAGAACUUCCAAACGACUACGCACCUCAAAAUACUCUCAGUCGUGGCCAACCUAGUGCACGAGGCAUCUUCAAAAGGCAAAGAGAUGUCUUGUAUUCUAUUGAUGAGUCUACACCAGAAGCCUUUGGUGAUGGACAAGAUAAUAACCACCAACCCAUUAACUCAUCAACUCCCCACGCCGUAAACGGUUCUAACGAACGGUGCGAUCUGACUGACUAUGUCACAGUAAAGUCCAGGUUUCAGGGAGAGACGUGUUCUUCAAUGUUAAGGAACACUACUGUACAGAUGUCCAGGGGAAGCUGUAGAAAUGCGUUAUUUGUGAUUGACGCGAACACCAGACCUGUACUUACCCUGAGGAGCCGGACUCGACAAAGCAUGACCUACGAUGGACGUAGCAGCAACUCGCCCGGCGGCGAAACUCACAUCGCCGAAACGGCGCUGUUCAGGCCCACCACAAAAGAAUCUACUGUCAGUAAGGACAAUGUAGGCAAAAUGGACAUACAUGUAGAAUCAGGGGAUACUUCACCGAACAAAGUUUGCGAUGUUUUGUGCAUUCCUUCGUCACAAAAACGCGACGAUGUAACGGUGGAAUCGGUGGAUUUUGUGAAAGUCGACAAGUGCCCAGGCUUUGGCGCACGCUGUCCGGAUAGCGAUGUAGGAUUCUCUAGUUCAGACCAUACAGAUUUUGAAAGCAGACCAGGAAAACCUAGCUUGAUGACGGAAGGGCAUGUCGCCAACAAUACAGCUGGAGCUAUCGUGCCACCGGCCCCUCCCCCUCCGCCCAGUGGAUACUCCAGUUUUAGUAACCUAAUCUCUCCUACAAAACCACUGAUUCGCCCAAAGUUAAAGAUGAGACCGCUGUUUUGGAAGAGGAUUGUCUUGGAAGGAACGAGUGAAGACAAGAAACCUGAGAACUUCUGGAGCACAACAACGGAGCCGUCCAUCGAUACAGAUGAGCUGGAGAGGUUGUUUGGAGUAAGUGCGCGCCUUGACUCUGAAGCGGUACAGUUCUCAACAUCGCCGAAGCGCGGGAAGGGAAAACAGGUGGGAAAGGUGUUUGAAGACAAACGAUCACGUGAUGUAGCGAUCAGGAUCAGCCGUCUGCAGAUGUCCAUGGAGGAAGUACAGGAAGCCAUUUACAAAAUGGACGCCAAGAGGCUGGAUUUAGACAGACUACAGGGGUUGUAUGACAUGCGGGCCACGGAGAAGGAACUGGCGGAAAUCAAACGGUUCAAGCAAGAGAACAAACAGGUUGUCCUGGACAAACCGGAAGAGUUUCUGCUUCAGCUGGCUGAAGUUCACAAUCUCCAGGACAGACUGGAGUGUUGGAUAUUCACCGAACGCUUCUCGGAGACAAUGUUCAACCUGCACCAACAGAUGAACUCACUCAUGUCGGCAUGUUCUGAGCUACGACAUAGCGAGCAUCUGCAUGCCGUACUGAGGCUGGUCCUGGCUGCCGGGAACUACAUGAACGGCAGCACGCCCAGAGGUCAGGCGGACGGGUACCAACUGGACAUCCUGGCCAAACUCAGGGACGUCAGAACAAAGGACAAAAGCGGGAACCUCCUGCAGUACAUCGUGCGGCAGUACUGCCGGCGGAGAGGGGACGGCUGUGGUCCGGACGGACACACGUUCAGGCUGCCCACACAGGAGCUCAUGAAGACUGCCAGAGAGGCGUGUCUGAAGGACAGCAGAAAAACUGCACACAGUGUGGGCGAAGGUCUAAAGAGAGUGAAGGGACUGGUUCAAAAGGUACUGGAGGGCAGUGAGGCCUCCAUGGUGACAUCGUUUCGCUGCAAGAUGAAGCCGUUCUUAUUCCACGCUGAACUUACCCUGAAACGGGAGGUAAGGAAACUGGAGGAGGCGGAAGACACGUUCAAGGAUCUUCUCGCGUUUUUCGACUGCAAGGACCCAGACUUGGACAAUCCUUCGUCUUUCUUCGAAAUAUGGGAGCGGUUCUGCCAAGACUUCUAUGAUUGUUGGACGGAGGAGCAGAAGCGGCUUGCAAAGGAAAUGUUCCAAAAUGUCGAGAACGACAAAAAAGCCAGAAGAAACUCCACAACUACGCGAGAACUGACGGAAUGUAGCAAGGGAUCCCUCCUGAAGGCCCGCUUUUCCCGCCAAAACUCGCUGACUGAUCUACAGGACGGCGAAGCAGCAAAAUCGUCCGAAAAUUGUGGCUCAGCCAAACAGGAUGCAAACAUAGCAAGGACAUUUGACACCUCAAACGUAUCUCCCAAGCGUAUAUCCCCCAAUAGGUCUGCCCUAGACGAUCAGUGCCUUUGGGGAGGCACCAGGGUACAUGGCAAUACUGAUGACGAUAUGGACUCGCUAACGACCAUUGAUGAAUGCCAAACUCGAGGUUGUGAGGUAUCGGACGACUUGGGUAGUCCUGACGAUGGCAGCUUAGUGUCGGCGUCCUAUGUGUAUUUGACAGACGAGCCUUCUAUUCUGGACGCCAAAGAGAUUAGAGGAGCCUGCUUGUCUCAAAGUAAAGCAUCGGGUGCACAUGACAAACCCGGUGUAAAUUGGGGAUAUUAUGGACAAAAACAGAACCAUGGGAGCCCAGCCCCUGCUGUAAGAGUCAUGUAUCAGGGCAGUACACUAGUGGUCUCCCUUUAG